AUGUUCGAUGAAAAUAGAGCGGUAAUGGCUCAAAGAAAUAGAAAUGACAUUGUUAAACUACAUUUAGACUUGCGAAAAGACGAAUCGUGGUAUAAGGAUUGUGGUAUUGAUUGGCCUGAUAAGACUAAUGCAAGACAAGAAUUAAUAAAGCAAUAUUUCAAGGACUGUCACGAUGAAUGA